AUGGGAACAAGGUACGUUAAGAACAGCCUGGCAGCGACUGCGGACUCCAAAAAGUUCGUUGCCGACUGCAGCGAGGCCUGUCCCGCCGGUGAUUGUUUUCCUCCGACAUGUCUUUUGCAGGUAGCCAGCCCAAUACCAUGGCACGAGGUUCCUCCAGGCCUACUUCCAGCGCAGGCAAUGGGAAAGAUCGGACAGGACAUGACUGCUUGUGUCUACCACGUGGGGGUUGAAGGCGCCUUUCUUGGUACAGAGCGGGUGCAGGCUACAAUGGCUGCAAGACUUUCCUUGGAACAACCGGUCAAAGACAUCGACGAACACCUCGACUUCCGGGUGUGGGAGCGCUACAGCGAGACCCAUGGAUGCAACGAUAUCUGGGGAACUGCAGGGCGCCGCUUGAAGAACUGUCACGGUCAUGCCGCGGAGGUUCAAGAUCUGGAACCCUGCAAGUCCACCGACAUUUCCAGGUACAAGACCACGAAGCGCUUCGGGGUCGAUGGUGGUGAGGCCGCUGUUGCCGGUGUCAAUGCCGCCAUCGAGAAAGCGUCGGAGAUGGGGGUUCAGGAGGUCGUCAUCGGCAUGCCGCAUCGAGGUCGACUGAAUGUUCUGACGAAUGUCGUCGGCAAGCCUCUGGUGCAGAUGUUCGCGGAGUUCAAGGGGACGCACUACGACUUCGAGAACUUGGUCCAGAAGAGUCAAAACGACGACUGGCUCUUCGCGGGUGAUGUGAAGUACCACCUUGGAACCUCCAAUAUGCGCGAGUUUUCCAACGGGAAGUCGGUCCUGGCGACACUGGAGGCCAACCCAUCGCACCUGGAGACGGUGAAUACCGUUACACUGGGUCGAGCUCGGGCCAAGCAGUACUACUUGGGAAAUACUGCAGAGACGAGGUCGCGGGUCAUGCCGAUUCUUUUCCACGGCGAUGCCUCCUUUGCUGGCCAGGGCGUCUGCUACGAGACCUUGCAGCUGGCGCAUGUCACGGAGUUCGACGUCGGUGGCACUAUCCACGUCAUCAUCAACAACCAGGUGGGCUUCACCACGGACCCGGUCGAUGACCGCUCCACGCUGUACUCUUCGGACCUGGGCAAAGGCUUCGGCCUUCCCGUUCUCCACGUCAACGGCGACGACCCGGUGGCAGUUACCUCGGCCUUCCAGCUGGCUGCGGAGUGGCGACAGACCUGGGGACAGGAUGUGAUCGUUGACGUGAUUUGUUACCGACGCUUCGGGCACAACGAGACGGAUGCUCCGGAGUACACCCAGCCGGUGCUCUACAAGAAAAUUAACAAGCAUCCCAGGACGCACGUCGUUUUCGAAGAGAAGCUUCUUGGCAGCGGUGUGAUGUCGCAGGCUGAGAUCGACUCCGUCAAGGGCAAUCUUUGGAAGCAGCAUGAGGAGGCUUUCAAAGAGGCGGACAGCUUCAAGCCGGAUGAGGACAUGGGCAACUGGGUGGCCACGAAGUGGGAGGGUUACGUGCGCCCCACGGACAAGGCGCAGUCGCAUCCCACAGGAGUUGACCUUGAGCUUCUGAAGUCUAUCGGCGCAAAGCUGUGCGCAGUCCCGGAGGGUUUCAAGCUGCACAACGGCUUGAAACGCCAGCUCAAGAAGAAGCUGGAGGACAUCGAGGGAGGAGAAACCCUCGAUUGGGCCACCGCAGAGGCCCUCGCAUUCGCCUCUUUGCUUCUGGAAGGCAACCACGUGCGAAUCACAGGACAAGAUGUCCAGCGCGGCACCUUCGCCCAUCGGCAUUGCGUGGCGAAGGACCAGAGCACAGGGGAGGACUUCUGCUUCCUGAACAACCUCGACCUCGGUCCCCAGGAAACCUUUAUCGCGCGAAACUCCAUCCUGUCUGAAUAUGGUGUACUGGGCUUCGAGCUGGGCUACAGCUACGAGAACCCUCGCGCAUUGGUUCUUUGGGAAGCACAAUUCGGUGACUUCGCCAACACGGCGCAGGUGAUGAUCGACCAGUUCGUCUCUGCUGGGGAGCACAAGUGGCUUCAGCAGACCGGUUUGGUCAUGAAGAGCCAGCGCUUGUCCAAUCCCUUCCACCUGCGCAUCCAGGCAACGCGCACUGCCUGGCCAGCAGCGCCGCGGGCUACCUCGCAGUGCUCUUGCACCAGACUGGAUCGGUGGGGAUUUGGGACAUCCCGUGGCUCCUGGCAGAUCGGAGAGAGAAGGUGUCCACUCCUCUUGGCAUCAGCCACUGUGAAGUUCCCUCACAAUCUGGGCCCACCGUGCUACUUCUCGCCACGCAGCUCCUUCCUGGUGACCUGGGAGCAACUGGGCGGCUUGAGAUUGGAACCUUCCGACGGCAAAGGGAACGGGAAACCUGCCUUUGCGCGAGCAGAAAACCUUCGUGUUUGGUCACUGCGGCGCCGGCCCGGGGCAUCGCGAGAAUUUGACUUCAAGAUCACGAAGGACGGUAGCCAGCGUUUGGGCAUCAAUGUCGACCAUCUGGAUGGACGAUCCCUUCUCGUCCGACGUGUCGACCCUGGGUUGGUGGAAUCGUACAACAGCAACGCUGCUUCUGAUCUGGUUCUCGCACCUGGUGACCAAAUCAUCCGAGUGAACAAGGUGAACUCCAACGCUGGUGCUGCGGCGCUCAGUGAGGAGAUUCAGAGAGCUAAAGUUCUGCAGCUGUUCGUGCGAAAGGGGGCUGGUUUCCUUGCCCCAUCCACAUCUGCCGGCUACUUCGCGCCCCACAUAUCGCCUUUGUCUUGGCCUCCUGUGCAGUGGACAUGCGACGAGAGGUUCGCGUUCCGGUUUGUGAAGGACGACAUACAGGUCCUGGAAGGCCAUAGUCUGGCCCCUGUUCGACGCAUCAGCGCGCAGCACAUUUCGCAGUUGAACGUGUCGCCGAACUUCCAACCCGAGGAUGCUCCCACGUCCUGCUUCCUUGCUGCCUUCUGCCCAGCAGCCUCGAGCUGUGUUCCGGCAAUGGUGCGGAUUUUUGCAGACUGUGGCAAAGGCGCCAAGCCCGUGCUGACAAAGAGCUUGUUCUCCGAUGCAGCGUGGGUUACCAUGCGCUGGGAUCCUGUAGAAGGUUCGGAUUUAUUGCUGCUCGUCCAUUCUUCGGAGCUGACGGAGGAUGACAUGGCAUUCCGAACUCUUUGCGGUCAUGGUGGAAACAUUCUGUAUCUUCUACGGCCGCGGAGCAAGGAGCCAGUGACAUCCCUCGCGACCAGCGAGGAAAUUUGCCUGGAUGUGCAGUGGUGUCCAAGCUCUGGCGACCGCAAGCGGAUGAUCCUUUUGCAAGGGCCGCAGCCUGCAAAGGUUUCCAUCAUCUCGUACAGCGGUUCUGGGGCUACACAGCGGGAGGAGGUGGGCCGCUUCGGUGUCCGGAAUAGCAUCACGUGCGAUCCUCGAUCUGCACAGCCUUUGGGUGUGCGGGUGCUCGAGUCAGUUGCCUUCCCCGAUUACCCGAUUCUGCGCGAGCUGGUCCAGUUCUCUUGGGUUAGUCUGCUGCCGGGAGUGAGUGUCGCGGCGAUGCCUUCCGAGGGAGGUGCCUUUCAGUUGGGUCUGCCGGGAGAACUCCCAGACGUGCCGAGCUCGAAUGAGGACGAGGAGAGCCCUGCUAAGAAGCCCAAAGGGGGUCAGUCUUCCAACAAGGCCCGGCCUGAGACCUCCAAACCGGGGCCUAGGGGUCGCGGGAGGAAGGAGCCCGAGAACAAGAGCCUCACACUGGACCUGUCCACGCUUGAAAACCUGCUGGACCAGAACUGCGCCAAGAUCUUGAAGGAGAGGCAGGCGGCCCGUUUCAUGACCAUUGAAAGGACGAUUGAGGGUAUGGAGUACACGGCGGAGGGGUUCGACCAGAGGCUGCGGGCCAUCGAGGAGAAACUUCAGAAGGGUAUUCCAAGGGACGACGAGGGUCGGCGGAGAUGGACUCUUGUGUUCGGAGGGUGGGAGCCUGAUACUCGCAAGGCCACGAUUCUCGCUGAAUUGGACCAGGCAGUCAAUAAGCUCAACAUCCGCGACCACUUUGAUGAGGCCCCCUUUACCACAGGACCACGACGCUCCGUUGCACUGUGCAACAUCGGAGCGAGGGAGGGCGAAUCGGAGGCCGACCGGAAGUCUCGUGUGCGUGGCAUCGUGACGGCCUUCGCCAAGCAGACCAUGAUGACCUCGUCCAAGAAGAAGUUGUGGGCGGGGUAUUCUAAGACCAAGGAGGCUCGGGACAUUGCUUCUCAUUGUUCCUGGGUGCGUAGAGUCGUGGCUGAGACGGCGGAGGCGCAUGUGGGCUUGCUUGAGUGUGAGUACGGUACCGGAACUACCUGGCUGGGAAACUCCUUGAUCGGUAGUGUUGGAAGGACCAUUCCCCCAGGGACGGAGGCGAGUGACGUGGUGACCUAUGACAAGGGUACCGCUAAGGGAUGGGUCAAUGCCAAGGCCUUGAGCAGGGAGCUGCAGGUUAGCAUGGACUCCGCGUAUGAGCGCCUGCUGAACGUUGGGGACGAGAUCCUUGCUUCCUCCCCGCGGUACAGUUCGUUCGGCAGCGAAUUCGGUGCAUUUCGAGAUGAAGCUAGGGAUGCUCGGGGAUCGUCGGCCCGUGCUGAAGGCAGGGCGGAGUGUGGCCUCGACUUUACAGAACUACGCGUUUUUGGGUGGAACUUGGGAGGCGCAGCUUUGGAACAUCUGAAGCCCGCUUUGGGGGACGUUUCCCGGGGUCCACUGCAUCCACAUGAUUUGUUUCUCCUACAAGAACUCCCUCGGAGAGCAGCGGGGUGGUCUCGUGUGAAGGUGGAAGAUCGGCUGGUGGUGGGGCAUAGGGAUCGGAAGCAGUGGCGUGGAGUCGGCAUUUCCUUCCACGAGUCGGCCUGGGUAUGGUGUGGCACGUUCCACUUCCCGCCGGGAACUUCCUUGGUUGACUUUGAAGCAGGCCUGGCCCGAUUCCUUGAGAAGAAGCCCAAAACAGCACUGCCCGUCAUCGUUCAGGGGAUGGACCGUGCCGUGGCCGCAGGACUACUACCGGUGGCGCCCGUCCGCUCCCACCAAGGCCUCCCCACGAGCAGGCCGCGCCAGGCGGGCCGCGAGAGGCAUCACAUUGACUUGUUCCUGACUCAGAGGGUACUGAAGGGCAAGAGCGAAGUGAUGGUCGACUCUCAUGGGCUGCUUGGGACGGAUCACGAGGUGUGGACCGGGGGGAUCGAACAGAUUGACCACAUCGACCAAAGUGUGCUUGAGAAUCUGGCCAAGACCUGCUCCAAACCCAGACCUGGCCAAUCGUAUAAAGACCCCCAGGACGUCAAGGACCUCUUUCGGCAGGCGAGACAGAGUAAAUCCAAGGUUGCCUGGAAACAGGCGCUUGCAGCCAGAAAGAGCUCUAGGAAGCAGUGGGAGGCAGAGAGGCUGAAGCGUGCGGCACAGGGCGACUGGAAGGAGUUUCGUGAAUACAAAAAACAGGGGCCGGUGGGGUGGGAAAUCGAUUAA